CUAAGCUAACACCUUGCUGGUAAUUUUGAUGAAUAGACUGACUCAUGGUAUUACACUUGUUUCUAGAAUGUUUACAUUAGCAGGCAAGGUUGUAAUAGCUAUGCCCUUCAAGAUGGUAUCACUUACAUUGGCACCCCCAGUCUACCUGAAGAAGAAGAACCCCAUUUGGCUCAUACAAAAGGAAGAUCUAUAUUUAGCAAAGAAAUGGCUAAUGGAUUCCUUCUCCAUAGGGUCAGCAUGAUAGAGAUUGUGAGUAUCUAUUCUUUCCUCUUCUGUCUUUUCAAUUGACCAUAUUAGGUUGUGUGAAGUAUCCAUUAUCCAAGACCUUGAGUUGAGUCAAUCCAGUUCAUAUUCUCGACAUCCAUAACCCGGUUAGAUGUUGUUCUAGAAUCAUAAGAUGACAUUAGUCUUUAUAUUGCCAAAGCACAGACGAACCAACUGAUUUAAUUUUUUCUCUGACAGGUGACUUACUUUGUUACCUCAGCAGGGGAAGUUGUGUACAGAAUUGAAGUCCAACAGAGGGGUAAGGAGGUGAUGUAAAUUUUCUUCCAGCAAAAGCGCAUUCUCCACUAUUCUCUGAACUCACAGUGCCAAUCAUCUCUGCAAAAUUUUGUCGGGGUAUUAGCUUAUUCAUUCAUCCUCCAAAUCUCCAACAAGUCAUGUAAAAAUUGCCUUCUUUGUAACUUUUAGCUGAUUGUUCAGGUUGUUUUUCCCUGUAAACUUUCACUUGAAAUUUUGUUCCUCCCCACAAAUUUAUGAAUAAAAUGCCCCUUUUUUG